CCGCUGUGUCUAAGCAACAGGACGCUUGACCAGCUGCAGUGCGACACCGGGGACUAGUCAGCGUUGCCGAUACUGACUGAACCAGACAAAAACAAAUCAGUAUUGGUGUAAAUUAUUUCGGGCCUUAUCAACCAAGUCUGUACAGUGACGGUGCAGUGCGUCGAUAAUACUCCCGUGCUGCUGGGCUUUAACAUAUAUCUAUGCCACGGAGCCUGUUACUUUGUGAUCUGAUAUGCUAGCUGACUGUAGCUAAUGCUGCUUUAAACGGCUAUCGGAAAUAGUGGGGUUGUGGAUGCAAUUCAGUUUGAAGGUUCAUUCUUGACGUUUGGAAUAUUUCGUGAUCGUGUUUUUUUUUUAAUAUCUUACAGAAUUUAGUCCGUAUAGCCACUUCGCACAAAAGUCUUGUCAAGACUUGUUAAAAGCUUCGUUAAACGUGAGUAAAAUUGUUUACGGGGUUUUAGAACAUCUGGUCUAACCCAACACUUCAACAUGAAUAAACUCGCCUAAUUCGAAGCAAAAUAUUAGCACCCAUCCGUGAUUGAGUAAAACCACACGACUGUCCAUAUCGCCGGUGUUCGUUGUGUGGCGCUCUUGUUUAGGAGUUUACGAGGAGUGCGUGAAGGCGGCAAGUCCUGUCCCGCAAAGUUAGCUAGCAUUAGCAAUGGUUGCAGUUAGCCGGUAGGAGAAGACCGCAGCAUCAGCAUCAUCCGCUCACAAUGACAUAAGCAGGCACCAGCAUACUUUACUGCACAAGACGACGCUGAAGAAUUUUUCUGACACCAGAUAAAGAUGAGCCGCUUCUGCUCAGACAACAACAACUUUCCCUAUGACAACAAUGUUCUGGUUUUGGACAUGGUGCUAGGCUCUCUAUGGGGUGUCCCCCAGCCCAUAAACUGGGACAAUGUAGCCAAGCUAGUUCCAGGAUUCACUCCUAAGGAGUGUGCCCGUCGAUUUGAGGAGCUGAAGCUCACGGGGGGAUUCCCACAUGUGGACAACCAAUGUAAUGCUCUGACUGAAGGAGAAACGACCCCUUCUGAUGGCCUGUCCACACUGCUGGACACUGGGGAAGUGGUGGAGACGGGAAGCAGCCAGAGCACCAACAAAGUGACAGCAGGCUCUAAAUCGACGCCCUCAGGAAGAGCUGGUGCUGCGGAGAAGAAAGAGAAAGGAGUGUCAGCAGACGACAAUGACAAACCUCAGAAGCCACGAGACCCCAACAUGGUCAUCCAUGUCUGUGACGAGACCAAGAACCUGAAGCAGGACUUCACAUGUCCCAGAGAUCUUCUAGUUAAAGAGAUGCGUUACUUUGCUGAGUACUUGUCUGUGGACCCCCAGAGAUGGGAGGAGGUGGACAUUUCUGUUCACUGUGACGUGCUGAUCUUCGACUGGCUCAUGAACUAUGUCAGGAGGAACUCUGCAGCAGAGGGAAACAGGGACAAACCGCGGCUUGAGCCCAGCAAUGUGAUCUCAAUCCUGAUCUCCUCCGAGUUCUUGAAGAUGGAUACGUUAGUGGAGGAGUGCAUCCAGUACUGCCACAAACACAUGAGCGCCAUCGUGGCUACGCCCUGCAACAUGAACUGCAUCAACAGCAACCUGGCAACACGCAUCGCCGAACUCUUCAACCAUAACGAGGCCGACGACAUCAGGGACAAAAAAGACAAGUUCAAAAGCAAACUGUUUCAGAAGAAAAUUGAGCGUCUCUUCGAUCCCAGCUACCAGAACAGAGAUUCACCAGGAAACGCCUCCACUCUCUACCGGUGUGGUCUGUGCCUUAAGCUCCUGACCAAAGACACAGAGAGGAAGAUUUCUUGUGUGCCAGGGAAAAUCAAUGUUGAUGCUCGCGGAGAAAUCAUCUACACACACAUGAGACAGAAGAGCUGGGAUGUACAUGAAUACAUCACAGGUCUGUAUGAGGAGCUCAAGUCCUGGGUCCUGGUCUACUGGAGAAUCUGGGGUACCAUCAAUUACCUCACCUGUUCCCGAUGCCAACAGGUGUUUACAUGUGCAGAGCUGACCCAUUGCAAGUACCACCCAGACAGUGUGCUGUACCCUGGCAUGGGUACAGAGAAAGGCUGGCAUGGUGCAGGGAUCUACCCCUGCUGCAACCAGAGGGUUCUCCGCUUUGAUCCCACUGGUAUGCCCAAGGGCUGUAGGAUGCGAGACCACAUAGUGAACGUGCCUGACGAAGAGAACUGCGACGAGGUGACCUUAGCCGAGACCAGAGUCCUUAAUGACCUGCUGCUGCACAGAGACGCAGUGUGUGUGGCAAACACACCGCCCGCAGAGAGCACUGAGGAGAGUCCAUCCAGCGCAGAAAAGGUUCAGGACUGUGAUGUUCUGCUGGAGCCCACGCUGCUCAGACCUCUGAGAGGAGACGGCGGCACUUUUUCCCUCUUGAAAAACUGGAGUCUGCAGCUGAGGCAGCAGUCUCUCCUGUCAGAGGAUGAGGAGUACACCACGGGGUCAGAGGUCACUGAAGAUGAGGUGGGGGAUGAAGAGGAGCUGUCCAAGAAACAAGCUGCUAAAAAGGCCAAGAAGGCCCACAGACCUCUGAAAAAACAAAUGUCCUCUCCAAACUUCCAACGCAAAGACAAAGCAGAGAAAUCCCAGUCCAGGGACAACACACCUUUCAUAGUGAGUGUCCAGAAAAGUAAGUGGGACAGUUCUCGCUCCAUGCGGUACAACCAGGACGCUCAGAGGGAAGAAGACCAGCGUCGCAUGGUGGAGAUCAUCGGCCACCUGACUAAGAUGAGGUUUGGAGACCAGGAGCAGAGCCGAUCCAAGGAUACUAAAGAACCUACAGGAGGAAUCUACUCCAGACUGGAAGCGCAAUUCAAGAGUACCUCUCAAGCUAGACAGAGUUCAGAAAAAACACCCAGAUCUAAAAUGCGCUACGCUCAGAUCCGGACGACAUAAACGACUUGAUGGGGAGAAGGCCUCUGAGCUGUUGGAGAGACGAGCGCGUGAAAACCGACGAAGAGGAAGACACGAGAUCCUCCUGUGAGGGCUCAGGACAACAAAAUGACUUCCUACUGGCAGCCCCACUUCUGAGCCAGCUGUGGACUCUCUCCUCACCCUCACCCCUUGUCAGGUUUCCUCCCCCUUUGCUUAACUCAGGUGACUAUGUACGGAUCACCAUCAACAGCAUCCUAGCUAUUUAUUUGUGCAGCUGCGGUCAGUCCUUGAAAAACAAGAAGUCUGAAUCCAGCUCCGCUUUUGGGAAAUGCACUUCAGCCCAUCGGUGCGCGUGUAAGAUUUAUUUUUGGAGCUUGACUAGUCUUCAUGUUAGUUUAUUCUUUUUUUUGACUGUCCUUUUACCAAAAGAUCUGACUUGUAUGUUUGAGCUAAACUGCUGGUCACAAUUUAAAUGAACAUUUAUUGUCUUCUGUGAUGAAACCCAGCCAUCUGGGUGAGACAGAUGCUGCAGUUAUUUAUAACCCCCCCCAGUACUUGUCAGUUAUAGUUCUAGUCAUUCCUCUCUGUAUUGGAAUGUAACUGUACUGUACAACACUGGGACCAAUAAAACAUGAAUGACACCAAA